AUGUUGGCAAUGACUUCUCCGCGUUAUAUUUCUAAUCGCGCCACUGCGCCUAACAAACCGAAUAAGGUUCCCAAAGGCAACUUACUCCGGGCUAAGAAUGCGCUUGCAGCACGAGCCAGAAAUGAGGACAAGAUUCGGGCUCUAAACCAGAAGCUGCAAGUGAAGCAGGGCCCCGAAAAUGAGGAGGAUUUAACUUCAGAGAGUGAUUCCGAAGUUUUUGCCUUGCCGGUGACGGUGCUUCCCGACAGAGUUAACCGAGGUAUUGGAAUGGCUCUGCAGAAUGAUUACGAAACCACGGAUGAAGAAGAAGAAUCGGAGUGUGAAUCAUCACUUGAGACCAGUGUGGAGUACAAACCACUUGACUUCACUGUUGUCACUUGGAAUCGCCCCAAAGCACUCUUUAAGCCCAAAAUGGUGUCUUACCGUGUCAAUGAGUCAGUGGAGAGCAAAGAUGAAUUGAGUCUUUCUGAGGCGCCUCUUGCUGUUGAGUUUCAAUACUACCACCGUCGAAGUUCACAACCUGUGCCCCCCAAAGGGAAUAUUGAGUCUAUACAAACGGGAACGGAAGUGGAUGAGCCAGAGGAUAAAGAGGAGACAAUGAACUCUGUUCUUAUUGAGAGACUGGUGAAGCGCUUGAGGGAUCCUCGCGUUGAGGUUAAAGCUCACGAAUUUGAAAAACUCUCUUGGGAUGAUCCACGGUUUGAGGAUGUAUUGCGUACACUAAAGCAAAUAGCAUCCUACAUUGAGGUGAAAGAAACAAUUCUGGCAGCAUCCAAAGAAGGAAGAUUAAGGGGCUCCGAGCGUAUUGAUCAGAAGAUAAAGGAAGCCAUUAUGAGGCUUCCAGAUGUUAUCGUUACCAGAGUGGAUAGUAAGCGAGUGGAACGAGCGAGAUCCUAUGUUGGACUGAAACGGGCGAAAGAUGGCGCCGAAUCACCUGCGGAUCCACAAGUGCCCCAUAUUGGCUCUAAACGUGGUGCUAAGCCUUUGGUGGCUGCUCCUGCUGGUGUUUUGGCAUCGAAUGGAAGGGAAGCACAUAUGGGCGCCCAUCCUUCGAGAAAGAAGAGGAUGACGGACAGCAUGCUGCUGGCUGGGGAACCGGCAUCGAAUCGAAGGGAAGCACAUAUGGGCGCCCAUCCUUCGAGAAAGAAGAAGAUGACGGACAGCAUGCUGCUGGCUGCAAAUAGGAACGCGGAGGAAAAGGUGGCAGCGAUGGCUUCUUGUGAUGUCAGCAAGAAGAAGAGACGCGACACUUUGAUGACUUCUCUAAGUUCUGUUUGCGUUGCAAAAGAGGCUUUCUUUUCCGAAGAAGAAAAACCGCGUCGCAGAAAGCGUACAAAUGGCACAAGCCGUCCUUCACUUGUUAUGGACGAUGUUCCAGAUAUGGCUCCUGAUGAAAUUGUGGAGGCAGAAUACAUGACCCCUGAAGAGAUGACAAAGAUAAAGGCACAUCAGGCGGAAGGAGUUGUAGGGAAUACGAGGGAAAAAAUGAAGACUGAGACACAGAAUGUGGGUAAGGAUAAGACGCAACAUGAUGCAAAGGAACAUGUGAACGAAAAGGUCCCACCGUCGAAAAAGAAACGACAAUCCCGACGGAAUCGUAGCAUUUCAUUGCUGGUCGACGAUAUACCGGAUGUGCUGGCGCACGACGAUGUUACAGAAGACAAUACCGCCCCACUUACCAAAGGCCAUGCAUGCGCAAAGAAGGGCGGCACCCAUGCCAAGAAUCGGCGUCCACGCAACGCCAAUAAUCGCUCCAUUUCCUUUGCCGAGGUACUUGAAGAGGAUAAGGCUGGUGAACUCAUUGAGUCGUUGAAGGAUCAGUCGAUCGGUAAAGAAGUACUCUGUCCUGGGCCUCCUCUGGCUAACAAAGAGAGCAAAAAGGGUCGACGUUCCCGUCCUAAUAACAAUGCUGGUCGAAACAACCUUUCCUUCUCAGAACUUCCUGAGGAAAUGACGGAGGCAAUUGAGGAGGAUGAUACUGCGAUUGUUGCCAAUGCCUGUGCCCCGCGGGCCCAUCGGAAAUUAUCGGAGCGGCAACUGAAGAGCGGGAAUGCUGCUCGCCAAAUUACAGCAGUGCAAACGGGAGGCGUUCAGGGUGGUUCAAAGAAGAGUGAAGAGGAGAAAAACAGACAUCAAUCCACUGUCAAAUCAAGGAGGGAACUGCAUGCGGGAAAACAUAAAUCACGUGAGCUGGAGUAUUCAUUACUUCCAGAUGAAAUUCCGUCUGAAAUAAAGGAUAUUGACGGGGAUUCGGGGCUAAUAAGUGGGAAAACGGCUCUCAACUCAUACCUUGGAGGAAGACGCAUCUCUGGCGUACAGAGAGAUUUGAUAAAGGAUGACAAGAGCGUUCCUUCAGGAUCCUUACCGUCUGUGAACCCCAAAAGCGUCCGCAAUGCUCGUACCAAACCAGAUGGACAUCUAAACCAAUCGUUGAGCAUAGUCCAGUUGCCAGAACUCGCAGUCAGUGAGAUUCCCGACUCCACCGCAGAGCAAGCGAAUGCGGCGAAGAAACCUAGGAAAUCGAACCCCCCGCAGGACGUCAAGCAUAAACACCGUGUGUCACGUCGGCACAAAUCAAAUGCACCCAACCGUUCGCAUACGAGUUUCGUUGCGUUGCCCGAAGAUGAAGUCCAUGAAGUGAGAGAGUCUGUUGAUGAGAGUCUUAUCGUGCCUCCUUGCAAUGGCGAACCGAAAGGUGAAAUUAGAUACCCCACGUCGAAUGGAUGGGGUAAACCGAGGAAGAACUCUGCGGCGUGCCAUAUGACAUCUUUGGGCGAGCUCCAGGCGGGUGUGCUCGAUGACAAUGUCGAGUUUCCUAUUAAUCAACCCCCCUCCAACGCUGGAAUGGUGAUGAAAGGGGGUACACAGGUGAGAAAGUGA